AUGGCUAAGGCAACGAGAGGCCGCCAGAAGAUUCAGAUAAAGAAAUUGGAAGACGAGAGCAGCCGCCAAGUCACUUUCUCCAAGCGCCGCAACGGUCUGUUCAAGAAAGCCAGCGAGCUCUGCGUUUUAUGUGGUGCGAACAUAGGCAUCAUCGUCUUCUCUCCCAGGGGAAAACCUUUUUGCUUUGGUCACCCCAACGUGGACGCGGUGGUGGAUCGUUAUCUCAGCGGAAACCCCACUCUGCAUGGGGAGGAGGAUUCGGAGACGAGCUGCGACGGUACCCCAUGUUUCGAAGAGUUGGACGAAGAGUGCAAGGAGGCAAUGGAGAAGCUAGAGGAAGAGAAGAGGCGGAGCAAAGAGAUUGAAAAAGAGAAGGAAGAGAGGAAAAAGAAGGGACAGUUUUGGUGGGAUGAGCCCAUCGACAACAUGGGGGUAGAAGAACUUGAGGCGUACGUCAAAGCCAUGGAGGAGUUGAGGAAGAAUGUGGCUAGGAGGGCUAACGAGUUGAUGGGGGAUGUUUUAGCGGCGGCUACGGUGGCUAAUUCUGGCGGUUUGGGUACUGGUUUUGCUGAUCAAAAUGGUGGUUUUGGCUAUGGUUACGAUGGUUUUCAUUUUGGUCAUGGCCAUGGCCUAGAUUUUGGAGGUGGUCAGUUCUGA